CUGAAAGCAUCAGCAGUAGUUGACUGGAGGGGACGGAGCUGCGACGCUGGUGUUGUUUUCUCCGCCACACAUUCAUGUGAACUGUCAACCCAGCAGUGUCGACGUGAGCUGCUCUGGACCUUCUGCAUGGGAACCCACCCUGAAUGGACUACCACACAACCGAAACAACCCCAAGCCCACCUUUUUACUUCAUUGAGGAAAAGAAAAACGACAGCUGUCUACAUUUGUCUCAGAGGAAAGCGCGUGGGGAUGCUUCGCGCGGGUAUAGCGAGAGAAACGCGCGCGCUUAAUGGUUAGUAUUUAGACAAGUAGCUAAUUAACUAGUAAUUACAUAAGUGGUAUUUAAACCGCCUGUGUGGUUCGCGUGUCUGCUAGUAGGCUAAAAUUAGAACAACGCGCUGCCAUCGGAGGACACGAUAGUAUUUAGUAGGACUUUUUCAUUUUUCAUCAACGCACCUUGGAUUUCAGUCGUUAUCACAAAGCAAGUGUGGAGCCGAGGACGAGGUCAAAACAAAUCAACACAGACCUGAAUCGGAGAGAGAGAUGACCCUAGUUUUGUCCAUGAAUCCUUUCCUGGACCCAGAGGGAGACCCUCCGCUCUCCACAUACCAGCCCAUAUGGGAAUCGGAGCGUUGCACUAAGACCUGCCUGUCGAACCCUGCACCGCCAUGCAGCUCUGAAGAGCAAUUUACACAAGAACCCCCCUGCAGGCGAGUUCCUGAUCAUGUUUCAGUAUCAAGGAUCGCAUAUUUCAAGAGGAAGUUUGUUGAUGAUGAUGAUGAGCCUCCCUUCAGUUUCAGGACGUACUGCCAGACUGUUGCACCAGUUUUGGAGGAGCGUGCCCAUGUGCUGCGCCUCUCCCUGGAGAAGAUGCGAUUCAUCGACGACCCUGAGGCCUUCCUCCGGCGCUCCGUCCUUGUUAACAACCUCCUUAGGCGCCUGCGAGCUGAGAUCCUGCUCCAGAGCACUGACUGGUGCUUCCCACCCAACCCAGCAUUUACCACUGGCCCCUGCGUCCCGUCACCCAGCACUAACCCCGCUCACCAGGCACUCCAUGGAACAGUACCCACCCGGAUCUGCUUAGCGCCCCAAGCCGGACCGCCCUUCCGUAAGCGCUUCCGAAUGGUCCGCGGAGGACAGGGGGAUCUACGCCCUGACUGUUCCCAGACAUGCUGCUGCAUCUACGCAGCGGCAGCCGCUGCAGGACACUACCUCCACCUCCCGUUCUCCAUGUAUGAUGCAGCACUCUCAACCUGCCCAUCCACACCCCACUCCUCCUCCUUUUUUCAACUAGCUAGCCAUAGUAAGUUAGGGCUGACAGUAGCCAUAGAAGAGCAUGAUGACGAGGAUGAAGAUGUUGAGGAAGAGGAGGAAAAUGAAGAAGAAGAAGAGAGGGAAGAGGAGGAGGAGGAGGAGGAAGAGGAGGAGGAAGAAGAUGAGGAAAGAAGACAAGCUGGGCCUUCCCUUGAUGUUGUUAAGGACAAGUCAAGCCAGAAAAGUAGGACUAGGACCUUGCUGGGUCAUGCACACACAAGGACAGAGGACAGCUGCAUGCCAGAUAGGGUAGAAGAGGAGGAGGAGGGAGAGCAAGAGGAGGAAGAGGAGGAGGAGGAGGAGGAGGAGGAGGAGGAAGAGGAGCAGGAUGUGAGACCUUGUCAGUGGGACUCUACUGCCACAGAAAGGGAGCUCCACAAGGUCAGCUUUUGGCACCGCAGGGCUCAUAGACAAUAAAAAUGACUCACAUUCUAAGUCUGUUAGAAUAAAAAUGUAAUGAUGACGACAACUGUCAUCAGUUGAAAAUAAUUUCUCCUCAUAGCAAAUGAAGGUGUGAGCUACCUACACUAUAGUAAUGCCAAGUCAGCUUUAUUUUAAUGGUUUAAUAUACUCCAGGGUGGCACACAGACAAACUCCAUUUAACUCUAUUGCUAGUGUUAUGGUCAGAUGAAAAAAAUAGCAGUUCUUGGCCACUGUUGGCACUGGGAAAACAAUUAUAAAGGCUACGGUCACAUAUGGUGGGAUCUUAAAUCCCAAAGGUGAAGUGAAGCUUGCUAUUGCACUGUCUCCAAGACCAUUUCCAAGCCCCACAGCACACAACUAAAGGUCUCAAGUUGGGCUUUAUAUUGGUGCAACGGUCUCGUUUCAGGACCCUAAACAAGCCUAUGAAAUGAAGGGUGGUGGAUUUGGGAGUGUGUGCUUCUGUGCGUAUGUGUGUGUGUGUUUGCAAGAUAUGAUGUAGCAUUUUAAAACUUGAUUUUAAGCUGUUAUUUUUUUUUAUUAAACAUGGGGUUACGCGUAAUUACGUGUGCCUUUUGAUUUUGAUGCUGUCUCAGGCAAUGGCGAGUGACUGUGCUGCAGUGGCGGCACAAAGUGUAUUCCUCAAAUUAUUUUAAGAGACAACAAUCAUAAACAUUGUAAAUGUUAAAUCGCAAUUUCAAGUGCCUUAGUGUUUUUAUAGAUACAUGUAUAUUGUGUGUUAAUGUAAUUGUUCUUGUUACUAAGUAGAUAUCUUGCAUUCCAAGUGACUGCGUUUGACUAAAACGGGACACAGGCAUGUAGUUAAAUGCUGGGAUUCUUUCAAAUGUCUGUGAAAUUUCAAAGCAAACUAAAUUUCCACACACAAAAUGUGUUCUGUUUGUUUUUACUUCAAAAUGCAUGUUUUCUAGAACUACCUGUCUUGACAAUGCCCAAACUUAAAGCCAACUUUCAAGGACAGUUGCUAAAACCUUGAAAAGCUAAGUGUGUUUAAAACCUCAUUUACAUUUGUUAGAUUCAACCAGAAAAGGCUUGUUGUGGUUUGGUUGGUCUGUCCAUUGCUGCCGUUCUACCCAAAAUAGUUUGAAUCUGAAAAAUAUUGAAGGGAUCUCACAUCUAAAGCUCACUAAUUAACACCUUCUAUCUCUGUGGUUUUACGAGGGCUACCUUCCUGGUGUCUCCACUGGUUGCUCGGCAACCAGGACGUUUCUGUGCCCCGCCAAGAAAUAGUAAAACCACAAUGUGUCAUUUUUACACUUGGGGUGUAAAAAUGACACAUUGUGGUUUGGAUUUGACAAACAAGAUAUAACGUGUUAAUUAGCUUUAGAGGUGGUGGUAGGCAGAUGUUUUUACCUUUGGACCGUUUUUCCAGUCUUUAUGCUAAGCUAAGCAAACCGGCUGCUGGCUAUAGCUUCAUAUUUACUGUACAAACAUGAUAUCUCAUACAACUCUCAACAAGAAAGCAAAUGGUAGUUCCCAAAAUGUCCAACUGUUCCUUUAACUAUCCCAGUAUGACCUGCCUCUAUUGAUCCACACCUGUGUUUGUCGCCUAAAGUUCCUGCCAUUGUAAGCAUCUAGAAUCGAGCAUGAUAGAGUGAAAACACGUUGGUUGCAGGACAUUGUCAGCCUGUUGAGGUAUAAAUUGGUGAGAAUUUUCAAAUAAAAUAGACCCUUGAGAUAUGCAACACCAUGGAGGACAGACUAUACAUCUUCUAUUCAACUAAAAGAAACCAAACAAGGACAGAUACAAGACAAAACCAGUUCUAAUCUACGUAUAUUAGCGUUUCUGUCAUGACGGCAUAAUCAGUGGUUUCGUUUGUUGCUGUGUGAAGAUUAGGGUCCUCACACUGAUGACAAACUCAAACCAAAGUUGUUAAAAAAUGGAAAGAUUUUAUCAGUCAGUCGUGUUUUCUUUUUUGUGACGUACCUUAAGGUACGAGAAUUGGAUGGUCUCAGUUGGUUUGUUAGGUGGAAUUAUUCCUGCCUGGCCACUUGUCCUACCUUUUUUUCCGAUGUACGAAAUCCCUAAGAUUGGUUUGGCAUCAGUGACACGUCUACAACUAGACAAGUUGAGUACCAGCCUAUUUCAUUUCAUUUCAUUUCUCUAAACCCUAAAUGGUUAUCAGUGGUGUUUUUUAAAGAAGAAAAAACUCGACAAAGCAAUAUUUGUUUCUGAGACAAGAACAUGUAAGUGCAUUGUCUGUAAUUAAAAACAACAAAAGAGCAAGUCUGCUCUGAUAAGUUUAUGUGAUGUUCUGUGACAAGUGUAAAAAUCAGUAAAAGAAAUGUUGAAAAAAAAA